CUAAAAUAACAAACUUAACACCUAAGCAAUUUCACCUUCUAAAAAACCUCUUCUUCAUCUCCACACCUCCAUUCAAAUCAACUUUUCCGAUCAAAAACCGUCACCGGAGCACAACCAAUGGCGCAUCCACCAUCAUCAAUCCACCAACACACACAGCAAUUCCUGAGCUCCGUCCUCUCCCAACGCGGUCCAGACGCCCUCCCGUACACCGAAGACGUUAAAUGGCUGAUCCGACAACACCUACUCUCUCUCUCCGAAUCUCACCCCUCUCUCCACCACAAAACGGCGUCGUUUACUCACAACGACGGCCGUACCCUCAACCUUCUUCAAUCCGACGGCACAGUUCCGAUGCUGUUUCAAAACGUCACGUACAAUAUUCCCGUUGUUAUCUGGCUCAUGGAGUCCUACCCUCGCCACGCGCCUCUGGUUUUCGUCAAUCCCACUCGCGAUAUGGUGAUUAAACGACAACAUUCGUUUGUUAAUCCCUCUGGUUUGGUUUCGAUCCCUUAUUUGCAUAAUUGGAUUUACCCUAGCUCUAAUUUAGUUGAUUUGGUUCGUAAUUUGAGCACAUAUUUUGCUAGUGAUCCGCCCUUGUACUCGCAGCGCAGAGCAAACCCUAACCCUAACCCUAGGUUUAAUGAAUCCGGAUCAUCCGCUUCGGUUUCGGCUGGAUCGAUCCGGCCUGCAAUUCCACCUCGGUCGUAUCCGCCAUCGCCCUAUGUAAGCGGUGCUGGUGGUGGUGGGGGGAGGAUUCCGUCACCGUCUCCGCCGCAGAGGAUGGGGUCGGGGUCGUAUGAGGAUCCGGCGGAGGUUUAUAAGCGGAAUGCGAUUAAUAAGCUGGUGGAGAAUGUGCAUAGUGAUGUUACGCGGUUGAGGAUGGCGAGGGAGGGGGAGAUGGAAGGGAUGUUUAGUGCUCAAGCGGUGUUACGGGAGCGAGAACAGGAGGUAUUGCGCGGGUUGAGAGAGAUGGAACGUGAGAAAGAGGGGUUGGAGCAGCAGUUGCAGAUGGUUUUGAUGAACGCUGAUGUGUUAGAAGGAUGGGUGAGUGAGAAUGAAGGGAAGUUGGGUGCGGAUUUGUUGAGUUUGAAUGUUGAUGAUGCGAUUGUGCCGGGUGAUUCGCUUUCGAAACAGAUGUUGGAAUGUGUGGCGGCUGAUUUGGCUAUUGAAGAUGUUGUUUAUGCGUUGGAUAAGUCUGUGCAAGAUGGGUGUAUACCGUUUGAUUUGUAUUUAAGGAACGUUAGGUUGUUGUCGCGUGAACAGUUCUUUCACCGUGCGACGUCUGGGAAAGUUAGAGCGAUACAGAUGCAAGCUCAAGUUACAAGCAUGGCUUCGCGGGCACCAUCGUAUGGUGUAUGAAAAGUCGGUGUCUUGUAGCCCUAUGGUGCAACGUUCUUGUGUUUUCACUCAAGUUUGGGGUCUGGAUUGCCACUUCAGGCCAUGUCAUGUUAGCUGAAAUUGUGCAUUUGGAUGUUUGUACAGACAGUAUCAAUUUAUAAAAACAAACAGUCUUAUAUUUUCA